GUGAUCUCCUCCGGACAGCUGUUGCAGCUGUAGAAAGAAAAAACGAGAAAGAUCAGGAGCAGCAGCAGCAACCCGACCCCUGCAACAGAUUACUUCGCUUCCGUCGAAGUCUUCUGUUUAGUCAUAGGUAUCUUUUGUGCAGGGACUGACGCAGGAUGAAAACCCACUUUGACAUCAGGGCUGUUCCUUCACACAGUGGAGAGCAUCACCAAAUGAGGCAGCUGUACUGCUCGCAGCACUGGGGCUGGGAUCAGUUCUCCAGCUUUACCAUGAACACCUACCUCUUUGUGUAUGACUUAAUGCAAUUCUGUGGACAUUCCUGGAUAUUUACAAAUAUGAUCAUCAGGUUCAUGACAUUUGGAAAAGAUUCAUUGGCCGACACAUUUUACUCCAUAGGGCUUGUAAUGCGCCUUUGCCAGUUGUUAUCUAUAUUGGAGAUCCUACACAUCCUCACUGGCAUUGAUAAAAGCCGCCUCUUCCCCAGGUUUUUGCAGAUCACCGAGAGAAUAAUUGUUUUGUUUGUUGUGAUUAACAGUCAGGAAGAAGUUCAAGGGAAAUACAUUGUGUGUGUUUUAUUUUUCCUUUGGAAUAUCCUAGAUGUGGUCAGGUACACUUACGACAUGUUAGCAAGGAUGGGAAUAUACUACCUACCACUGACAUGGCUCAACUUCUCACUGUGCAUCCCGCUCUAUCCCCUUUCAGUUCUGGCUAAAGCAUUUGCAAUCUGUGUAUCACUGCCUUAUUUUGAAUCUUUUGGCACAUACUCCAUCAAGCUACCAUUUCCAUUCACCUUCUCAAUCUACUUCCCCUAUGUUCUGAAAAUGUACCUGCUAGUGCUCUUUGUAGGUAUGUGCUUUAUCAUCCAGAACCUCUUCUCUGAAAGGAAGGUACACCUAGGAACAGGCAACAUCAAAAAGAAAAGAAACUAAGUUGGUAUUUUGUUUGGAAACAAGAAAUAUGUUCCCAUUGGGUUGCUGCAUAUCACAGGUUAAAAAGAAAUAAGACAAAUUUCAAUGCAAAGCUUCUGUCUGCAUGCACAUUAUCUGGCUGUAUAGAAUUUUCAGAAAAGGCAGGACUGUCUAAUGCCCCUUAAAAAUGAAGCAGCUUAAAAGAACUAGUUACUUUUGAAAAGUUUUAACUUCAAAUAGCAAGUAUUUUGAAAAUGAAUAUAUUUUUUCUAAGAUAUAUUAGAGAACUCUGAAAAAAACUGUAGAGUGCCUCCACUCACAAUCACACUAACAACCUUCAUUUUGGUGUUAAUUCUUGCCUCAUUACCAACAGAUAUUCAGUAAUGACAAUACCAUUUAAUCUAGAAGGUUAUUUUAUAUUAGGCCUUAUAUAUAUAAAUGAUAAAUUGGCUAGAACUGAAAUCUCUCAAGGAGCAGAAGCUGUAUACUUUGCAAUCUGUGACAGUCACAUACCAAUUAGCCCCAGGCAUUCACCAAGGAUCCCUCACAUUCUGGCCCAACCUUCACUUUUCCAAACAAGAUUCCAGAAAAUGCAGUGAAACCACAAAGGUAAGGCACUCAUCUACUAGGUAUUCAAGGGGACAUUUAAGGGUCCGAAGUAAAAAUUUGUCUGGCAGAGAUUAAGAAUCUCUCCCCACAAUGAUCUUCCUCCAUGCAGAACAGCAGACAGAUAUGCGAAGUCUGAUGUAGGCAGGCCAAAUACAUAUUGUUCUUUAAAGGGAAGUGAAUGACUGUCAAAAGCCACGUGCAAAACUCUAGCCAUUUUACUCGUUUGUCAACAGCUCCUCAUACUUCUGUAGAACUAUCUAUGAGAAUGCAGCUAUAACACAGUCUCUCCAAAAGUUGAGAAUGAAGAACAGGGACAGCAACCUAGUGGACUGUACAGGCAAAAAUGUACAGGUAACUGCUUAGAGGCUGGCAAGGGCUUUUCUGAUCUUUCAUCCGUAUCAAUUAUCACCUACAUUUGAAUUCAAGCAAGUAGAGGAGAAAAGUGAGGCUAUUUUUUUGAGCUUGACUGAAAACUGGGGGAGAGGGAAGAAAGAUACUAGUUGGAGGGAAGGUAAUAUUUUAAGGGAAAAUGAACACUAAGACAACAUGAAGAGGCUCUUUGCCUGUAUAACUUUCUAAACAUGCAGCAUAAGAGGAAAGGGUAUAAGGAAAGAGUGAAGCUGAACUCAAUUAUUAAGAAAGGUCACCUACUGUGACUUCUAUUUAUUUAACAUAUGUGGCAGACAAUGCCUGCAGACUAUUGUGACCACUGGAGUAUUUGCAAAUAUAAGCAACAAGGUCAUGCAUGCAAUAGUAUGGGUCAGCCCUGGGUUUCGUUUUUUUCUUUUGAAAGUGCUGCAAACAGAGGUAGGAAUUCGGAACGAUAUUAGAGAAACAGAAGUACUUCCACCUUGGACUUAUGCCUGACCCAAAAUGAUGAGAGUGACAAGUGUGGACAACAUGAAGAAAGUACAGAGCAGCUGAAUAGGAUGACAGCUUUAAAGAAUAGAGCCAGAAUAAGACCAGUCCACAUCAAACCGCUGUACAAAAUGCUGAAGGUGAAACAUGGAUGUUUUCCCCCUGGGAAAUUCAAUCUAAUGUGUUUGUCAUCAAACUGCCUGGAGCUAACAUACCGUGUAGGAGGAAACAUGACCUACGAUAUUGUAUUGUGUCUACAAGGCAAGGCUUUGGCACUGGGGAAGCUGCAGGGAUGGCCUCUGUGAGAAGCCAGGGGCUUCCCCCAUGCCAGACACAACUGCUUGCAGCCAGCUCCAAAAUAGAGCCACCGCACCGCGGGGCACUGCUGAGCCAAACGGCCAAGCUGAUGGCACCUCCGUGAAAAUGUAUUUUAAGAAAAGGUAAAAAAUGCUACACAGCAGUGGUGAGAGAGAAGAAGAAACAUGUAAGAGAAAUAGCUCUGCAGAUACCAAGGUCAGUGGGGAAGGAGAAGAGGAGGUGCUCCAGACACUGCAGCAGAUUUCCCUGCAGCCCAUGGAGAAGACCAUGGUGAAGUGGGCUGUCUCUCUGCAGCCCACCGAGGACCACACCAGACAAGAUAAUCACACUGCAGCAGAUGGAUGUGUCCUAAAAGAAGCUGCAGCCCACGGAGAGCCCACACAGGAGCAAGAUCCUGGCAGGAACUGUGGCCCAUGAAGGACUCACACUGGAGCAGCCUCUUCCAGAUGGACUGUACCCCAUGGAAAGGACCCAUGCUACAGCAGUUCUUAAGAGCUGCAGCCCAUGAGAAGGAACCAUGCUGGACCAGUUCAUGGAGGACUAUAUCCCAUGGGAGGGAUCCCCAUGCUGGCACAGGGGACCAGUGUGAAGCGGAACAAGCAGCAGAGAUGACUGCUUAUGAACUGUCUGCAUCCCCCAUUCCCUCCCCACCCUGGACUGCUUGGGGAGGGAGGAGGCAGAAUAGUAGGAAUGGGUGACAUUGAGCCUAGGAAGAAGUGAGGGGUGGGCCAAAGGUGUUUUUAGUUUUGUCUUUGUUCUCACUAUUUACAAUUGGCAAUAAAUUACUCUUCCCCAA